CUAUUGUUCAUGGUUUGUCACCUGCCUGCAGAUAGUGAUAAGAUAAUCAUAUACCAUCUCUGCCAAGAUCAUGGGAAGGACUACAAACACAAAACGUAGCACAGACUUAGGUCAGCACAAAGACAGUGCAGGACAGACGACAGAGAGCUGUAAAGACAGUACAAACUACAGACAGAGUACAGACGACAGACAGGCAGCAUCACUCUUUAAUAAAUAAAACACGACACAUCGGAGUACAGCAAGUGGUAAGCAAACCAUUAACUCAGCAACAGUAAGUGGGUACAGACAGUGUAAUGUGUGUGAGGGGCAUAUUGCGUGUCAUCAGUAAGUGCGUACAGACAGUGUAAUGUGUGUGAGGGGCAUAUUGUGUGUCAGCAGUGAGUGCGUACAGACAGUGUAAUGUGUGUGAGGAGCAUAUUGUCUGUCAGCAGUAACUGCGUACAGACAGUAAUGUGUGUGAGGGACAUAUUGUGUGUCAGCAGUAAGUGCGUGCAAACAGUGUAAUGUGUGUGAGGGGCAUAUUGUCUGUCAGCAGUAACUGCGUACAGACAGUAAUGUGUGUGAGGGACAUAUUGUGUGUCAGCAGUAAGUGCGUGCAAACAGUGUAAUGUGUGUGAGGGGCAUAUUGUCUGUCAGCAGUAACUGCGUACAGACAGUAAUGUGUGUGAGGGACAUAUUGUGUGUCAGCAGUAAGUGCGUGCAAACAGUGUAAUGUGUGUGAGGGGCAUAUUGUCUGUCAGCAGUAACUGCGUACAGACAGUAAUGUGUGUGAGGGACAUAUUGUGUGUCAGCAGUAAGUGCGUGCAAACAGUGUAAUGUGUGUGAGGGGCAUAUUGUGUGUCAGCAGUAAGUGUGUACAGACAGUGUAAUGUGUGUGAGGGACAUAUUGUCUGUCAGCAGUAAGUGCGUGCAGACAGUGUAAUGUGUGUGAGGGGCAUAUUGUGUGUCAGCAGUGAGUGCGUACAGACAGUGUAAUGUGUGUGAGGGGCAUAUUGUGUGUCAGCAGUAAAUGUUUACAGACAGUGUGAGGGGCAUAUUGUGUGUCAGCAGUAAAUGUUUACAGACAGUGUGAGGGGCAUAUUGUUGGAAAACAGUAACUGUUUACAAUUGGUAAUACACCUAUGAAGGCUGGCAUAAUGUCUCCAUGAUAUGCAGACAGGUAGAAGGAGAUUAUAGUAUAUAGACAAGUAAACAGGUAGAAGGUAAUGCUACUAUAUAGACAGGUAGAAAGUGAUGUUAAUAUAUAGACAGGUAGAAAGUGAUGUUAAUAUAGAGACAGGUAGAAAGUGAUGUUAAUAUAUAGACGGGUAGAAAGUGAUGUUAAUAUAUAGACAGGUAGAAGGUAAUAUUAAUAUAUAGACAGGUAGAAAGUGAUGUUAAUAUAUAGACAGGUAGCAAGUGAUGUUAAUAUAGAGACAGGUAGAAAGUGAUGUUAAUAUAUAGACAGGUAGAAGGUAAUGUUAAUAUAUAGACAGGUAGAAAGUGAUGUUAAUAUAUAGACAGGUAGAAGGUAAUGUUAAUAUAUAGACAGGUAGCAAGUGAUGUUAAUAUAGAGACAGGUAGAAAGUGAUGUUAAUAUAUAGACAGGUAGAAGGUAAUGUUAAUAUAGAGACAGGUACAAGGUAAUGUUAAUAUAGAGACAGGUAGAAAGUGAUGUUAAUAUAUAGACAGGUAAAAAGUAAUGUUAAUAUAUAGACAGGUAGUAAGUGAUGUUGGUAUAUAGACAGGUGGAAAGUGAUGUUAAUAUAUAGACAGGUAGAAAGUGAUGUUGGUAUAUAGACAGGUAGAAAGUGAUGUUAAUAUAUAGACAGGUAGAAAGUAAUGUUAAUAUAUAGAUAGGUAGAAAGUGAUGUUAAUAUAUAGACAGGUAGUAAGUGAUGUUGGUAUAUAGACAGGUAGAAAGUGAUGUUAAUAUAUAGACAGGUAGAAGGUAAUGUUAAUAUAUAGACAGGUAGAAGGUAAUGUUAAUAUAGAGACAGGUAGAAAGUGAUGUUAAUAUAUAGACAGGUAGAAAGUGAUGUUAAUAUAGAGACGGGUAGAAAGUGAUGUUAAUAUAGAGACGGGUAGAAAGUGAUGUUGGUAUACAGACAGGUAGAAGGUAAUAUUAAUAUAUAGACAGGUAGAAAGUGAUGUUAAUAUAUAGACAGGUAGAAAGUGAUGUUAAUAUAGAGACGGGUAGAAAGUGAUGUUAAUAUAUAGACAGGUAGACGGUAAUGUUGGUAUACAGACAGGUAGAAAGUAAUGUUGGUAUACAGACAGGUAGAAAGUGAUGUUGGUAUAUAGACAGGUAGAAGGUGAUGUUAUUAUAUAGACAGGUAGGAAGUAAUGUUGGUAUAUAGACAGGUAGAAGGUAAUGUUAAUAUAUAGACAGGUAGAAAGUAAUGUUGGUAUACAGACAGGUAGGAGGUAAUGUUGGUAUAUAGACAGGUAGAAGGUAAUGUUAAUAUAUAGACAGGUAGAAAGUAAUGUUGGUAUACAGACAGGUAGGAGGUAAUGUUGGUAUAUAGACAGGUAGGGGAAUUGAAGAAUUCUCAUGACAAAAUGUGAAAAUUAAUCAAAGCCAUGUUUCCUUUCCCUCAUUAUGUUUUAUUACUCUUUUUUUCUUUUAUUUUCCAAUGUUUACUGGCAGAACCACGAACCUGAGACUGACGACUGAGAUUUGGAUUGAUCAUGGCUCAGUUUGGUAAAGCUUGGGAAUCAGUGAGCUAUGUCCAGUCAAUAAACUCUGUUGUGCUAGGAAUAGUGGCUCAGAUUAAUGGCUCAGCUACAGCUGAAGAAUUGGAGAUUGUGAAAAAAAGCCUGGAGUCUAUUGACAAGGAGUUGGCAGCAGGAAAGGGAUUGAUGAGAGACACUGAUGUCACCAGAUGUGAAGAUGAUAUGACCGUGGUCUACCAGCAGUUGAGUGCUGUCAUUCGAGCAGAGAAGUCUUACUCCGAGAAGGAGAAGGAGGUUUUCCUGCAGUAUGUACAAGAUUACAAGAUUGAAAGACAGGUGAAUGCGCUCUAUAAUCGUCUGCUUGGAAUCUCUGUUCUGGCAGAUCAGGCCACUCUCCUUCAGCAAGUUAUUCAGGAUCACCACCCACGCCGGUGGGAAAUGAUAGCAUUCUGCCAAAAGAUUAAUUUUGUUCUCAGCACAGGCUUGCUGUGUGUUUUUGUACAUGGUUCUUUAACUGGCAGAGACACUCGAUUGAUGAUGGGCAGAUGGACAGACAAGAUGACAGCUCUUUAUCGGAGAAUGGAGGAAACAUCAAAAGAUUGUGCAUCAUAUUUUAAGGAACAGGCCCAAGAAGAUGUGGAAAAGUUUUUGCCAGCCCAUGAGUCCCUCACAGACCAGGAGAAAGCAGUAGCUGUUUUCAAGAUGAUUGAGAAGAACUAUGACUGGCUGCGCUGGGCAGUGAUGGUGUCCCAUCCUUCGGAGGACAAACCUGAGGAGGUCCUAGUAAAUGGCAGUUACAUUUCAGUAAGGGGAGAGUGUGGAACCCAAGUCGUCCUUUGCUACAGUGAGAACCCAGUGUCCUUAGACAAAGGGAAAACACAUCAGUUGAUUGGAGAUCUAGAAUGGAAAAUCCCAAAUCCACCUCCGGAUGUCUAUGCCAACAUUGAGGCUGAUCCAGGUUUUGCCAAGCGCUACCUCGCCCAACGUAUGCUUCAGAAGCUGUCUAAAGGUUUAGGCAAAGGGAUAACCAUUCACACUGUGCCUGGGAAGCUGGAAAUGAGUGGGAACUUCCCCCCAGCUUCUUUUGUCUUAUAUGAAUACAAGCACCGCAUGGCAUAUGGCACAGUCUGUAUCUUUGGGUAAAAAAAAUAGAAAUGUAAUCUUUUGUUUUUGUUUUUUGCUUUUCAGUAUGUUUCUAAUAAAAUAUUAAUUACACCCCUAUAUGUAUUGUAUACUUUAUUCAUCCCUUUAAAUUUUUGUGGUAGAAAUGGACUGGGUUCAUAACUUAUAGUGGUGAUAGUGAAUAAUAGCAACAACUGGCAUCAGAAAUGGGCCUCCCAUCCCUGUUUCACUGACGUUUUUUCUGUACUAGUAACUCUGUUUUACUGGGAUUGCUCUGUGUCCUCCUUAUAUAAGGAUAAAUUAAUCUCUGCUUCUGUAUUACCAUGUCCACGUAAAACCAUACCAUUGGAGAUUAAUUUGCCUGUCCUAAAUUGUCAUGCCACAAUCAAAACAUUUUUUUUGCCGUUAACAAGAUUGGAA